AUGGUCGACGAACAGAGAGCAUCAGAUUUGAGCUCCCAACCUGCAUCAUCUACCUCCAAACAUGCCGGCCCGUCAAUAGAAGUGCCACCAGGCAUGUCAAAGAACGCAGCUAAAAAGCUAGCACGAAAGCAUAAGCUCGAAGCCACCAAACACGAGCGCCGGGCCGUCGAGCGGCUCAAGAAAAAAGAGAAUAAGCGCGCACGCUUUCUCGCCGCGCAGAAAGAGUCGGUAAACGAAAGCAGCAAGCGAUCUUCCGUUGUAGCCGAUGGCGAUGGCGCUGACUUGCAGAGUAACACCAAAAAACACAAGGCUGCUGAUGGACGCGAGAGCGAGCCAAACCGCAAGAAUUACUUCGAUGCUCGACUGGUCAUCGAUUGCGGUUUCGACGAGCUGAUGCAGGAACGAGAAUCUACGAGCAUGACGCAACAGCUUAUGUACCUGUAUUCCGCGAAUAGGAAUGCAAAAGUGCCUUUUGGCGAGCUCAUCUUGACGGGUCAAGACCGGCCAGGAGAUUGCUUGAAGGACGUCGAUCCGGAACAGCUAUCGCAUGUUCCCGAAGCUGUUCCAUCGACCUUAGCAGAUGGAUAUACAUCAGCAAGUUCUGUCGCCCACGCUGCAAGCAUAGAGAAUAACAGAAUCGGCAUGGCAAUGGACGGCAAACUCAGAGGUGUUUGGAGGCGGUGGAAACGUGUCACCAUCUACAAGAAUGGCGGUAUCGAAUCGCUUCUCUGCUCCAACCCUGAAAGACAAGCGGUAUCAUCUCAACCCACCGUCAGCGGUCGAAAGUUCCCCGCCGAAGAGACACGCCAAGCGUUGCAUCGCAUUCCCGUGACAGAAGCCAUCUACCUCACAGCCGACACCGACGACACACUUACCGCGCUUGAGCCCGGUAAGACCUACAUCAUUGGUGGCAUUGUCGACAAGAACCGAUACAAGGGCUUGUGUCGAGCCAAAGCCGACCGUCUCGGUAUUCGCGCUGCCAAGCUGCCGCUGUCGCAAGAUAUGCUCGAGGCAGUGGAACGCAGUGUCCGAGCACAGGGUAAUUCGAUUCAAGACGACACUGCUAAGCCGGAUGAGCAGGGUGACAAGGGCUUUGUAGGUAGAAAGGUGUUGACGGUGAAUCAGGUGGUCGAGAUUUUGACGGCGUGGACAGAGACGAGGGAUUGGGUCAAGGCCUUGGAAAAGGCGUUACCUAGAAGAAAACUCAAGCAGCGCGGACCGGCGGCAAAGACGAAAAACCCUUCAGAGUUUGGCAUUGCAGACGACGAGAAGCACACAGAUGCGGCAAAACAUGGCGCGUGA